UUGAAGGUUUUGGGGCUCUGUGGGGUGCAGCCAAGGAAGGAGAUGAAGGAUCUUAGGACUGCACCAUAAAUUUUGUCUUCCCCAUUGUGAGCCACUCCUGUGGAUACUUAUGAGGAACAGGAAGAAAGGGAAAAAUGCUCAGGGAAUUCACAUUUCCGGUCUUGGCACUUACACUAAAUAACACGGGCUUACACCCAGGAUGCGUGCCUAAUUUCAAGUUCCCUUUUUCAGUCCUGUCAAUGUGUUGCAAGGCAAUAGCAUUCCAAGCUCUACUUAUUUCAAAGGUGUUCCUCAUCUCUCCUUCCUGGCCCUGUGCCUGGCAUGAGUUUCCCUUUCUGUGUCUCUUUAGAGAGCGCACCGUGGUCUAAUCUCUGCAGUGUCAGGGACACUGCACCUUGGCACAGGGCAGUCCUCUGAUAUUAAACCAGCAAAGCAUGUGGAUGCUCUUACAGCAGCGAAAUUAUGUUCUGUAGUUGUUCAUCACAGGAAAGUUAUCACCCCUCCCUACCCCACAGCGAAACAAGUUAUGCUAGUAAAGCCUCUUUAGCACACCUAUGUGGGUCAGGUAUCACAUCUCUCCACCGCUCUCAUCCACAUAUUUAUGCAGGCAGAAGCCUAUAGCAUAGACCUGCCUCUAGAGUAGAUUUUGCUUGCAGCAGCAUGCUGAUUAUAGAGUUGGGCAGGCCAGCAUUUCCAGAUGCAACAACAUAUUUCACUUCCACAUAUGAAACAGCAGUAUUAAAACCCCCUGAUCCAGCCUUGCAUGACCCAUUUGCCUUUACUCUCUCCUGCAUCAGUAGGGUGGAGACAGAGACAAGCUGGUUCCUCUUGUCAUCCCAAUAACAGCACCAGCCAGGAAUUUUAGAGAGGGGAGAAAUUUCCCUCUGAGAGCCAACACUUUCUUUCAUAGUCUUAAACAAAAUCAAGAGCAUAGGAAAUUUGUACUCCUUUUCCAUUGCUAAAGAUGUUUUCUUCCACCAUUCAGGAAUUGUUUUUUGUAUGUUGGCCUAUGCAAAAGUUGACAGAUUUCUGUUGCAUCCUGGACCAAGAAGUGUGAAGUCAUCCUUGCCCAUGCUUAGGUAGCAGUUAGCAGCACCUGUACCCUCACUGCUGGAGCCGUUCAAAAUGUUAUUGCUCCAAAUGAUUUGCAGGUCAGGACUUAAAAUCUGUUUCGAACAGGAUUAAGGAGACAAAAACACUUCCAGAGGUGGCAAUGCUAUGUACUUCAGGCAGGACUCUAUUGAACCCCCCAUGCAUUUAGGGGUCUUAAUUGCCUUGCUACAUUCACUGACAAGCAUCAUGAAAUAUUUUCUGUCAAUCACUAUAAGAGCUGCUGCACAGCGACUCUGACAGUCUAGAAAUCAUAUGUCACAGCUGAAAGCAGCAUUUCUUUUUGACAGGCUAUAUCUAAAAAUGGAAACAUAUGUCUUUCAAAACCACGUUUAUUUCUCAUUUGGCAGGCUCCUUGUUUCCGUGCCGCAGACCUCAUUCACAUGUUUGCAAAUGUACCAACACAGCCCAGUUAAAGCCAACUGAUGCUAGUGAGUCCUUAGUCCUACCCCCAGCACUACAGGUGGGAGAUAACUAAAUUAAAAAUUCUAAUAAGCUAAAAAGUCUCCGUAACACACUAAAAGUAAAGUUCCCUGCCAUAUUUUCCUUCAAAGCUCACAGAAUUGAACAGAGAAGAUCUUGUUUAUAGCACUUCUAUAUUAAGUUUUCACCUUUUUUUUCCCCCUAAUUCUAAAAGGCUGACAACUGCUCCUGUUCAAUAAUCUCACCUGAUAAAACCACGCAGAGGGAGUAAUUGCGCGAGGAUUUCAGUGGAAGAACGUGCAGCUGGUUUUUCUGGUUUUUCAAAAGCAGCCUGUGUGCCUGUAAGGAGUGCUGGGCAGUAGUUGCAUCCUGAGUUCCAUUAGACCCUUGGUCUGGGCUCAGGGGCUAAUUUUGCCUGUACCUCUCAGACACCUGUUGCCAAUUUGCUGCUGUGGAUGUAGUGAGGCCACAGGGCUCUGAUUCUGGGGCACAGCUGAUGCUGGUGUCCUGAGAAGAUGAGGAUGUCAGGUGGACACAGCAUCUCUCCAGAAGUUACAGUGCAGCUACCUAACUUCCCCUUGUUUUGGGUGAUCCAAGGAAUGCACUGAAUUGCAGCAGUGUUGAUACGUGAAAACAGUGCAAAUUGCUGAGAAUAAGGAAUUAGGAGCUUCAAUGUCACACAAAUCUGAAGCAAAAAACCACACCAGUGUUCACAGUAUUGUGCCUAAGGACAGUAUUUAUUCCAUUCAUAUGGCAUGAUCCUGUUUUAAAUGAGCAGGCAGAGCGCUUGGCAGGUAAAUGGCCUGGUCAUGGACAGUAUUAGCUACUGUGAAAUUGAAUUCUGCACUUGUGUGUCCAACACAAACAGUAGUGAGCACACAUGGAGUCUAAUAUUCCCAGAGAAACCAGGGCUGACAUUUAACUGCCCCUGGGAGAAGAGGAGGAAAUUAAUACGGUGGGUAUGGAAGACAGAGGCUUGACACAGCAAGAAGAAACAAGAGGCAGAGAAGAAGUGGAUUACUGGAUGGUGAGUCAGUGAUAUUUUUGUUGAGUUUAUGCAUGUGUUUAUUUUCAGGGUGUGAUAUCCAAAUUAUACAUUAGAUAUACCUAAAGAAUGGGUAUAUAUACAUACUGUUGAGUGUUUCCAGCUACUGGGAUGCCCAUGGACACACAAACACCACAAGAAACAACACUAAAAGAAGCCUAUUAAGGAUGCAAGGUCAGUUGUUCAGAAUUAUGACAAUUGUAGCAAGCCUUUUUCUUGCUUUCUUUAUGCUUAUGCCUCAUAACCCAGUUUUUAAUUAUGCACUAACAGGUUUUUUAACUUUUUUUUCUUCUGCAGGGCACCUGCCUCAGUCAUUGCCCACAAUGGGCAGUGUAUGCCCUAAGUAGUAUUUCAUGGUUCAACAUACGCGUUAUUUACUGUGUGCUGUCCAGCCCCAGCUCUAAAGAAGAAUUGUUGCUUAGGAUGCUGCCUGUGGAGCUCAUCACCAUCACGAGUGCUUCACAACACUAUCCAUAGCUUUCCAAUCCUGAAAUGUGCAUAGUUCCCACAGAAAGAAGGUGAUAAAUCAGCAAAAGCCGAAUGCCACGUGUAUAUUAUGGGGUCUUCCACUGGAAAUGCCAAGGAGCUGCUUUCUUCAGAGAGCUUAGUGUUAUGCACUUCUUGGACUGUUUAAAGUAGAUUUCCCAUUCAGUUGCAGCUGUGGAUACCAAAUCCUGCAUUUCAGACUUCCAUGAAGCCAGGCUGUUGGCUCAGAAAGAGAAGAGCAUGAAAUUAUGGACAUUGGGGCUGAAUGUGGGUUGGAGUGGUUUGCCUGGCAUUCUGUGACUGAAGUCCAUGUGGAAAUCAGCUUCUCUCACAGCUUGCACUGUUUCAACCAUUACAUUUUAAUUUCUUGUAAUCUUCUGUCUCAUUUUAGAGCUUCCAGCUCUUGGAAAGCUGAAGCAUGAAUGCAACUGACUCUAUUCACCUUUGUUACACAAUGCCAGGCUUUUAAUUUUUUUUUUUUUUUUUCCAGACUGAUACGCAUUUGGGCCAUCAGGACAGGGGAGAUGUUUGGUGCUCACCUCUGCAGCCUUAGCUCAUGAAAUACCUGAACUGAUCUCCUCCGGCAGACGCUUUGUUAAGGGUAGCACAGUGCUGCAUCUGAGUAUCCCAAAUCUCCUGUCCUAGUAACUGAGGCAUGUCAGGGUUAUGGCAAGAGACUAUACUCUCUAACACUGAUGUCUGUCCUACCCCCUGUACUGGGCCAGAGACAGUUCUGUCCCUCCCUUCCAAAAUCCCUUCUGUAUUUGUCUUCAUUUCCCCUAGUUCACCUGUUUGCUGCACUGAUUCCCAGGCAUUCCCCACCUGCCUAACCAGCUCUGUCUUUAGCUCUCAGUCCCAGUCUUUGCUUCCACAGUUGUUCUCAAUGUAGGUAAUUCUCAGUCUUAGUUUCUCCCCAACUUUUUGUGACAAUCUGUACAGCCAAAGGUUUGUCUCCACUGCCUCCUGCACCUCAAACUCUAACAUGGGUACCCCUGAGUACCUGCAACACACCCUUUGCUUUUGCCAGUUCUUUUAACACAACUUUUACUGGAGCCAAGGUGGGCUGAUGGUCUCCUGGGGCUGAUGGCAGCCCCGCUCUUUAAAAAUCAGUUGAUGAGCCAUCAGUUCCAUACAUCUCCCCUGAGCCUAUUUCUAUAAGUGCUGCCUGGCUGCCGUGGAUGAGAUCUGAAGUUGUUCCCAAACCUGCUUCUCUCAUCCUCUUAAAUAUGUAACUUGGCUGCCAAGUCGUGGAUAUGUACUUGGCAGCCGGCGAUAGCAACUGGGAACACAACAUACACAAUAUGAUUGUCAAAAUAAAGAGAGAGAGAUGGCUGUACAGAACAGAGCCAGAGCUGAGUUUUCAGGCUGAUUUGAGAUUCUUGCUUAGCUAUCCAUGAACUGAUUGUGCUUGCAUGGAUAAACCUUUAAAGAGCACCUACACGAGAAAAGAUGCAGUGUUUGGAAGGCUUUGGAAAUGGGGGACACUAGAGACAGGUUGCUUUGUGGAAAUUUUCUUCCCCCACAUUGUGUUGUCCGAUUGUUCUUCCCAUGUGGCCAUGAACACCUCAGUGUUGUUUUAAGGAGUAUAUUCCCUUGUUGGAAACUAUCUCAAAAAUGAAUGAUGCCAUUUUUAAGAGGUGAAAGCAGAGGAACUGAUCUGUCUUACUGAACUGGUCUAAAAGUCUUAGGUCAGGUAUUUUCAUCCUUUCAGAGGGCACACUGGCCUAGUGAAGCAAUAUUUUCCUAGGUUGUGGCUGGUUUUCACCUUAUAGCUGACCUGGUUUGUUGAGGUGUGGUUCUCUCCCCGUCCCUUUAUAUUUAUCUGCAUCUCCACUGGCCCUUCUCUGACUCCACCAUGAACUGAUGUUAAACGCUAACUCAACUGGAAGAUUCUCAUUUAUUUUUUGCUGCAUGACUAUUUUGACAGUUUAGGGAGCUGCCUUGCUGUGGGGUCAGAGAAGAUACAGAAUCAACACAAAGGUAAAUGAUGGGAAAACUUGAUGGAAGCUUCUUCCAUCAAAAACUGGCCUUUAGGCUGGAUUAGCUGUAACAUGAAACCUCACCCUUCAUGGGGACUUUACUUUUAUUGACAAAAAGUACCUUUGUCAACAUAACUUGUACAAAUUUGGGUGUGAUCUAAGCAGUACCAGUUAUCCACAACACUGAUCCGCUGUGAAUGACGUGGGAGAGAUUCUCUGCUUGCAGAAGCAAAUGCUUCACAAUAUCCCAAAGAUUCCAGACCUCAAAAUCAUGCCCUAAAGUGACCUACCUGCCUUAGCAUAUGGGAAUUAUUUCCAGGUGUGGCUUCCAAAUACGGAGCUGAUGUUUUGCACAGGGACCUUGUGACCUGGUAGAUAUGCUUUUAAAUCUGGUAAAGUCUGAAGCUAAAGUGUGUUUAACAUCCAGAGAGCUGUACAGACAUCACUGCUCAUAACUGAGAGACCAGGAUCAGCUGCCCUCACUGCUGCUGGUCCUGGGAAAUCCAGGAGAACCUCCACAGCUCCCGACCGUCAAAGCCACAGUAAACCUAAACAAGUGGCUGUGGAGAUGUUAUCACAUGGAAAACACCUAAUUUCACUGUUUGGACUAAAAUGUUACCCAGGGAAGCUGCUUAGUAGUGCUGGGAAGGAGCAGAGGACAUUGGCCAUGAGUCUCAUCCACAGAGGAGUCUGAAGGGGGGUUUGCAUGUUGGGAUCUGUGAUUCCUAGGGAACAGCAGAGGGUCACCAGGAUACGGCCGUAAACAGUGUCACCUUAUCCUCUUCACUGAUGGCACCCUCCCAGGCAGCACCAUGCCAUCUGUGAGUCUCCCUGCCUUUCCCAGCUCCAUCCUGUUACUGCUGUCCACGUUUACCUUUGCAGCAGAACCUGAGGGCCACAGAAGGACCCACGGGUGGGCAAGAACUUGUCCCACUGCCUCAGCCAGGGAGCACAGUGAUCAGGGACAGUCAUUCAUCCACUGGUAUGAGUGAGAAGCAGCUGAGAUGUAUUUUGAAGACACAGGAGUGGAAUUUUCUCCUUCCUGUGGUGUGCUGGUAGGUCUUGCUGUGCUGUAUCACCACCUCUUCUGUUUUUCUUUCAUGGUUCAUAAUCCCUACUGUGUAACAUAAAGGUACAGCAUUUGUGUGGGCCUUUUCAUCCAAGAGUUGUAAAACACUAUUAGAAAGCUGGAACCAAAGACUAGAACAGACAAGUUGAAAUAACCACUUUUUGUCAAAGGAUUAGAGCCAUGGUUUCCUAACAUUCAUCCCUGCGGUCUAACCAUCACAUGGGCUGCAGGCUGCUGACAUGGAAUUAUUCUGCUGUCCCAUAUCCAGCCUCUACUACCAAAUUAGAUUGAGUAAGAAUUUGUGAGAGCCUUGUGAGAGCUGAAUGGUACGUGGCAAAAAGUCACAGGAAGCCUCAAAGUUUCACUAGGUUUAAAUUUGUAGGCAGAAGGAUUUCAGCAAUAAGAGUCAUUUUGCUUUAAAGGUGACCUGCAAUUAAUAGUUAAGGGUUUGCAAGUCUCUCUUGUUAAUUAAGAAAGACUAAUAGACCUCAUUUGUUUCCAGAGGAUAUUUUUGUUUGGAAUUUUUAAAAAAUAUAGAUGCUGUAAAGUGCUUUUACUAGUAGUUUUUCCAGUGUCCCCUGAAGAGUCUAUCUGGUGUUUAUUUAAAGUUCUCAGAAUAUCAGGAAUGUACACAAUAUAUUCCAUUUUUAAAUAAAAGCCUCCUUUCUCCCAGUACUUAGACUCUACAAUUACAUAAAUACUAUAUAAAAAACACAAAAGCAAUGUAUUGUUUAAUGCAUGGCUCCAUUUGAUUUCUCAGUCUUCAUUGAUUCACUGUUAAUCCAAGAACUGAUGUUCCUUAGCAAACUUUCAAUUAUUUCAAUUAAUUCAUAACCUGAAAGACAAAAAAGGAGAAAUACACAUUUUUCUUUCUUAUACAAUGGCAGCCUUCGAGAACUUCUGUUCAGAUGACACACACAAACAACAUCUGGGGGAAAAGCGGACUGAAGAAUGAUAGGAAGUGGCUCAUAUGCACAGGAUUUGCAUUAUAAAUACUUUAUUGGGCUGAGAACUUGAGCAUAGAUUUAUGACGUACUCUAUAUGCUGUUUUCUUGCAGAUGAUAAAACUAAUUCAAGGUGAGUGGUACUGGAAAGAUGAUACUAACACCCUUGAAUUUGCAAGUUCCAAUCCAGCAACUGAGGAAAACCUUAAGGAAGGAAAAAAUACCGGCUUUCAGGAAAUGCGUGUGAAGACAUUAAAGAGGUAUUUCAACUCGACUAGCCUAGCUCAAAAAGAAACAAGAUCAUUUGUGUGGGAAUAUUUUCAUCCAUUGUCUGAGGAUCAUAUCGCUCAGAACGAGGUAAUAAUUCUCAUCUACUCCAAAGAGUACUCAUCUUCCAAGAUUAGUGCUGGAAGAAGGCAGGCUGAUAAAGAGGGAAAAUUGCAAGGGCUGUCCAAGUGGGUACAAUAGGAAUACCUUACGUUGGAUGAUGUAAAAUAUUUUUUACUUUCGAAAGAAGCAAAUGAGCAAACAUUACCAUUUGCAGCAGUUAUGAGGAAUGAGAAAGUGGAUGAGUCCUUCAUGGCCCUGCUCUUCUACCUAUCUCUUCACCAGGAAAUAAUUGCCCUGGAAUAAAAAUGCAGAUCCUUGAUUUUGCUUGCGGUGUCAGCCGUUCCUGUUUGGGGGCGGUCCCAAAAGCGCUUCGUGUGCCUGUUUGAAGAGCAAGCCCCUUCCCUGAAAACGUCUUUGCUUUUUUUUUGUUUUAAAAAGGACUAUGAUAUUUUUGGAGAAGAUGUGCUGGUGAAGUUAGGUGUAUCCAGGAUCUACCUUGCCAAGGUGUACUGUAACCUUAUCCUCGGAUGAGGCAUGGCAGAGCAGAACCACAUGCCCAGUGAAAAGAGAAAAACAUCAUUGCAGAAAGAUUGGAACUUCUUUGAAGGCUUCUACAUCUUCAGCAGCUAUGUGGCUUGGCUUGUGUUCAGAUGGAAGCGCUUCCAAGUGAUUUGGGAAGAAAUCAGCAGGCUCCUUUGCUCUGAUGUGUUUGAUCCUGCUCUAAGAGACAGGAACAAUGAUGACUUGCAGAAAGCAGGAGACCAGACUGAGUGCGAUUGCAACACCUGCAUUUGUUUGCUUUGAAGAAAAGUCCAUGCCAAGCAUCAUUUUAUAAACAGCUUGGUUCACCAUCGCUCGCCAGUGCUCAGCACCCCACUCCCCUGCCCAUAGGACAGUGCUUCAGACCUCUCCCAGAAAUACCGCUGUCAGGGCAAAGCAGCUACUGUCCAUCAUAGUGCUUUGUUAAAAAUCCUAAGUUUUCUGAGGAAAGGAAAUAGGCAUUAACAUAAAUUUGAGCAGAAAUUAAUCAAAACUUCUCAAAAUCAAAAUGGGAUUUGUUUCCCUGCUCAUGAAUCAUUCCAGCUUCUUAUUCUUGACUUUUAGUUUUUAAUAGUGUUCUGAUCAGACACU